UUUUCGGUAUUAACCGACCGUUAUCGUAAACCAGUAAAAAUGGCUGCUCCCAUGGAGGACAACGAGGAAUUGGUGCAAGAGGAUUAUUAUGCUUGGUUAAACGUCGAUAGAAAGGCUUCCCUUGAAGAAAUCAAUAAUGCUUUCCGACGACUCAGCAAAAUAUACCAUCCUGAUAAACACCAUGGGGAUCCAGAGAAAAAAAAAGCUGAAAUCAUGUUUUCUAAGAUCAAGAAAGCCCAUGAAGUUCUGUCAGACAAACACACAAGAACAAUAUAUGAUAUAUACGGUGAAAAAGGACUGGAAUGCGGAAUGGAGCUUGUUUCAAAAACCAAAUCACCUGCAGAGAUAAUUGCAGAAUAUGAACGAAUACAACGAGAAAGAGAGGAACGAAGAUUACAACAAAGAACCAAUCCUCGGGGCACCAUAACGAUCGGUAUUGAUGCCACAGAUGUCUUUGACCAUUAUGACUUAGAUCCAGAAAAUGAGUCAUUCAUUCCUUACUUUGAAGUGAGCAGCAUGAACUUGAGUCAGUCAGUAGAGGCACCACUGACUUUAAAUGAUACAGUCACAUUUGGGGGUAACAUUGAAGCACAGAAUGGAAAUGGUAACGGAAACAUGUUGAUGGUUUGGAAGCGGUUAUUAUCAGACAAAUCAUGGGCAGAGCUUGAAAUGAGCAGUGGAAAUGGAUUUGGGUGCAGUUUAAAAGGGUUUCGUCGUCUGACAAACUCAAUGUAUGGUACUGUUGGCACUGGUCUUUCAAUGACAUCUAGGGGUUUACGGCCUGGUUUCUCUUCAAUGAUUGUAUCACAGUUUGGCAAUGUCCAAGGACGACUGGUCUGGUCAGCUGGAAUGACGACGGCUAUGAGUACCAUCAUAGUUUAUGAUUCAUUAAAAAGACAUGCAGUAUUUACGGUUCAGAUUGGAAUUCCAAAUAGUUUUGUUUCAUUAAGUUACACGCACAAAUUUCAAGAAGAUGAUGCUCGUGUGCGAGGUGCAGUAAGAGUUGGUGUAUUUAGUACAAUCUUAGAAUGUGGUGUUGAGAAAAAGAUCACCGAAUACAGUACAUUAGGAGCGACAAUGUUGGUGGGUGUUCCAACAGGAGUAACUCUUCGAAUAAAAUUAAGUCGUGGCCGCCAGACGUUCCUCUUCCCCAUCCACCUAUCCGACCAUUUAAUGCCCAGCGCCAUCUUUUAUGGAACUGCUGUCCCUUUUAUGUUAUACCAUGCUGUGAAAAUUCUUAUCAUCAAACCAUAUCUACAGGAGCAGAAGAAAAGAGAUAUUGAGAAGAAACAAGAAGAGAACAGUGAAAUUAUCCACAAGAAGAAGAUGGAAGCUGAAGCUGCAAUCCAUUUGAUGCAAGAAACAGUUCAAAGGGUAAUAAAGGAAGAAAAUGAGAAAUCUGGUCUGCUGAUUGUGAAAGCUCUUUAUGGGAAACUGUCAGAAAAGUCACAAGAUGGGUUUGUUGAUGGUAAAUACAUCGAUGUUGCUGUGCCACUUCAGUGCCUUAUCAAGAAUUCUUCGUUAUUAAUUCCUGAAAAGAAUAGCAAGACUGGAAUCUUAGGGUUCUAUGAUCCCUGUUUAGGAGAAGAAAAGAGUUUAUAUAUCAGAUAUAAAUUCCGAAAUAAACUACACCAUGUAACUUUAGGAGAUUGUGAACCUCUGAAAAUACCUCUAAAAAGUGCAGCAGUGGCUGUGUGGUAAGUCACUUGCUUAACAGCCACAUAGGUGCAGGAAUAAGAAGCUUGCUUACCAAUCACAUGGUUCCAGGUUCAGUCCCACUGCGUGGCACCUUCGGCAAGUAUCUUCUACUAAAGCCUCAGGUUGACCAAAGCCUUUUGAGAAGAUUUGGUAAACGGAAACUGAAAGAAGCCCAUCAUUUACAUAUGCAUUUAUAUGUGUGUCUGUGUUUGUCACCCCACCAUCACUUGACAACCGAUGCUGGUGUGUUUACUAAGUCCUAGGAUUGAUUUGUUCAACUAAAGGUGGUGCUCCAGCAUGGCCACAGUCAAAUGACUGAAACAAGUAAAAGAAUAACAAACCUAGUUUGGGUGUUCUGCUUUAAACAACUUUACAGAACAAAACUGAAGACACAAUUGAAACAUUUAUUAAAGGUUGUAAGGUGACGAGCGUGCCAGUUCCCAUCAAACUGUCCAGCUCGGAAAACAGAUGUAUGAUGAUGAUAUUUAAACACAAACAGAAGACGGCAACAUAGCAGCCAUUAAGGAGUGCAAUAAAAUACCUUGUGGGGCUAAUAAAAAUAAACUACCUUCACCCAACCAACCACAAUCCUGGUUCCUCAGUCUCCAUUCACUUCUACUCACUUCAUACCUUGACACCUCAUCACCCCUAUUUUUAUUUUUUCCCAGCUCCAGCCCCAGUCACUCUCGCCCUCUCUUAAAAUGUGAGUAGUCAUGUGACCGUAACCCCUCAGUACCAAGAAAUCUGAUAUGUUCUGGGCCCCUUCUUUCUCAUUUUAACCCCUCGUUUCCAGUAGAAAGCCUCCUCCCUCUCUACUGUAGCCCCACUCAGCUGAAGGCGAUCUCAGUGUUGCAAGCUGCAUGGUUACCUCAUUAGUGUUGGUGACACAUAAAAAGCCCCCACUGCACACUAUAAAAUGGUUGGUUUUAGGAAGGGCAUGCCAAAGGAGACAUUGGAAGCUGAUGUAGUCCUUGGACCUGAUGAAUCCUUUCAAACUGUCUAACCCCUACCAGCAUGGAUCACAGACAUUAAAUGAUGAUGAAGACUGGAAAAAUUGUUGGUGUGUCGGACAAGCUGCCUUGCAGUGUUUGUUUUAUCUCUUUUUACGCCCCACAGCCCUUCCCACCCCUCUGACUAAGCAGUAAAAGAAAUAGACUAAAAAAUUUUUAAAGUAGAACUGACCGGAAGGAUGUGGUCAAACUUCUUUGCUGCCAUUUCUCCACUUUCCCAGAAAUUUAGAUUAAAUAACACAACUUUGUUUAAUUGGCGUAUACGGGCGGGCCAGUAAUUCCGGAACACUUCAAUGCCUGUUUAAUAAUAAUAAUAAUAAUAAUGAUAAUGCUGAUAAAGAUGAUGAUGAUGACAACAUAAGGAACUUUAACAGAGACAGACAUUUUCAGUCUUAGCUACAUUGUAUCUGAACUCUUUAGAUUACGAUUGGAAUGUAAUCAGUAAAAUGUAAUGCUUAUUAAAAUAAUAAUAACAAUAAUAAACAAGUGUAAAUAAAUUCUUUAUGGCAUCACAAAUGAAUGUAAUGAUUUUUACCUGUUGUUUCGUAGUGGUUCUCUGGAAUAGGAUGUCCUGUAAGAUUAGCUGCAGUAGCCGUUUUUCCAACUCCAGUUUUACCAACCAACAAUAUUUUAUAUUCAACUUCCUUGACAGAAACUGUCUUUGGCAGAUUUGGCUGUUCCAGUAAACCUUUGUAAGAGACAAUAGACAAAAACAUAUUCCACAGAGAAUAAUCCAAUAUUUUGGGGAUUAAUCAUUUCAUGACCAUAUUUCUGAUGAGAUACAUUUAUUAAUCAUCAUCAUCAUCAUUUAUCGUUUGUGUUCCAUACUGGCAUGGGUUGGAUGGUUUAACAGGAUCCAAUGGAUCUAAGGACUACAUUGUACUCUAGUGUCAGUUUUGGUAAGGAUUCUAUGGCUAGAUGCCCUUCCUAAUGUCAACCACUUUACAGCGUGGACUGGGUAGGUUUUUUUUUCCAUCCCACUGGCACUGCUGAGGUCACCAUACAGCUCACAAGGUUUCAAAACCCAAGAAGCGGGGGAGACAGUAGCUUUAUACUAAGACAGUGGUUUUCAGCUGGGGUCCACACAAACAAAAUAAUAAAUUGGGGAUCCAUUGUAGCAUUUUAAGGGUCCUUGAAAGGUUUUAAUCUAAGUGUAUCUUUUGCAAGAAACCAGUUUUUUUUAUCUCAUUUUAUAUAGUUCAGCCUACACGAGUGAGUAAAUAACAAAAUAGGAAUCUUGAAAGAAAUAUCUUUAGAAUUAGUUUUUAAACAUUGAAUGGUUAUAGGGGUCCACCAGAAUAAAAUUGUAAUCAGAGGAGUCCAUAGGUAAAAGAUGGUUGAGAGCCAGUGUGCUAAGAAAUGAGUGAAGUGGGUGGAGCAGAGCAGGUUCUUGUAGAGGAGCUAAAUGGCUUCUCGCAUUUGGCACAGAGAGAGAGAGAGAGAAUGAAUCCUCUCUUUACAGCUAAUUCUGAUUCAUUCUCAUUGUAUAUGUGUUUUAAUUAAUUCUGAAAGGAUAUUAAAAGCUGUUACAACCAAAAUUCUUCAAUUAAAAAUCUGAUAUAAUCCGCAAAAAACCAACACACCGGAUCCCCUAAAAGAUAUCAAACCAAAGCCCCUAAGAGCCUGUGUAUGAAACCCCCAAAAGGUGAUGCACCCAUCCCCUAAAAGGCUACUUACCAAAGACCUUCCGAGACCCAUCAGCAUGUUGUAGUGAGAAUAAUAUUUCCAAACCAAUCUUUGAUUGGUACCAUUUGAAAUCAAGUAAAGACCCAGUCUUCAACAUCUUCAUUUAUUAACAGAA